CCCUCGCUCGCACGCGUGAGGGAGCAGUGGUGAGUGCGGCGGAGAGGGCGAGAGUGAUAGCGUGCGAUCAUCUUUCUUGAAACGUCGUAACGUUACGUUGUUUAUGAAGGUAUAGUUAGCCGCUCGUGCAGGUAGCACACAGUACGCACUCGAUAUCACCGCUCAGCAUAGCAGCGCCGCUUGAAGCUAACGGUGUAGCGUGUACCUAGUUCCAAGAAACGGUCUUGCUAGGGUUAGAAUACCGUUGUAUUGACGUUAGUCACACAGCCUGGUCGGGUUAGCGUGUAACCUGAGCGUAUUCGUGCACAGGUGGUGGCCGCUCGUAUGGCGGCGGUGUGCACUCCGACAGACGCGCGCGUGUAUUAUCCGCGCGUUAUCUCGCGUGUGUUUCGUUGCUAAAGCAGCUGUGAUAGCUGUCACUGCCGCACCGACAAACCGCAGGCUAGGGUUGAUGCAUCGACUCGCACCUGCUGGUCGAGCGUUGCCUCCUGCCACGUACACAUACAUCCGUCGCUGUGCUGCGCGCUGUGUUGCGGUCGACGACUUACCUCUACUCUAACGGCCGUCUCGACAAUAGAUGCCGCGCUUGGGAGGCUGACGUGAGUGACCAGCGGUGAAACAAAUACGAAAAAACCUGACCCCCACCACCACCGAACGCCGGGGUCGCGCGCACAGACUAGUACGAGCGCCGCUGAUGGCUGAGGUCGUAUUAACUUGCGAAUGCCGUAAUUAACACUGCACUUCGUCUCGUGAGACAUAGAUACUCCGUUCAUUGUCACACGUAGUCAUCAUCUCAGGUGGUCUCGUCAGGUCGGUCGCGAUGUUCAGUUCUAAGAGCGACUCGGACCUGCCGCAGUUCAGCAUCGGCGCCGUGAACAUCGGCUACUUCGCGCGUAAGUUCGCGCAACACGAGUCGUCGUCGGACAGCGAGGCGACGGACGACGACAACGCCGACGCCGGCGGUGACGAUGAAGCCGUGGAGUUGGGCGACCUCGGUGGUCGCAUCAGGGAGGCGUGGACCUCCAUGCACGUGGUGCGAAGCUUCAAGAUGAAGUUCAACAGGCUGCUGGAGUCGGACGUGAAGUCGCUCAACUCGAUAUCGGGCGUGUCCGGCCUCUCUACGCAGUCGUCGUUGGUCUGCAGCAGCCACUCGCGGCACAGCUCCAGCGGGUCACUCGUCUCGUCACACUCCAACCAGAGCCACAUGAGCAACGCGACAAACGACGACGAGGUGGCAGCGGCGGUGGCCGCCAGCCAGGAGGAGGACUCGUGGGUCGUGUGGGGCCGCAUCGUCAACGACUGGGAGAACUGCUCGAAGAAGAAGGCGGUGACGAUAAAGGAGCUCAUACGGCGAGGCAUUCCGUGUCACUUCCGCGGUAUCGUCUGGCAGCUGGUGUGCAACGCGUUUAACUCGCCCGACCGCGAGCGAUUCGCCGACUACCUGAAGCAGUCGUCGCCGAGCGAGAAGGUGAUUCGGCGCGACAUCGCGCGCACCUACCCUGAGCACGAGUUCUUCAAGGAGAAGGACGGCACCGGCCAGGAGAGUCUCUUCAACGUGAUGAAGGCGUACUCGCUGCAUGACCGCGAGGUUGGCUACUGCCAGGGCAGUGGCUUCAUCGUCGGCCUGCUGCUGAUGCAGAUGCCGGAGGAGGAGGCGUUCUGCGUGCUCGUGAAGCUGAUGCAGGAGUACGAGAUGCGAGAGAUGUUCAAGCCAUCGAUGGCGCGCCUCGGACUCUGCAUGUUCCAGCUCGAGUGCAUGGUGCAGGAGCAACUGCUGGAACUUCACAGUCACUUCCAGUCGCAGAGCUUCUACACGUCGAUGUACGCGUCGUCGUGGUUCCUCACUCUCUUCACGACCACGCUGCCGAUGGAGCUCGCCUGCCGGGUCAUGGACGUCUUCAUAUCCGAGGGAAUCGAGGCGAUAUUCCGCAUCGCGAUGGCCAUCCUCAUCGACAGCAAGAACGAGCUGAUGUCGCUCGACAUGGAGGGAAUGCUCAAGUACUUCCAGAAAGACAUGCCGGAGAAAUAUGCACAGGAUCCGGAUCAGCUACUCUAUCUGUCCUACCAAGUGAAAUACAAUGCAAAGAAAAUGAAAAGACUAGAGAAAGAGUACAACACACUGAAGAGCAAAGAGGCAGAGGAACAAAUUGAACUCCGGCGGCUGCGCACAGAGAACAGGCUGCUGCGGCAACGCAUAGAUAUGCUGGAACAGGAGAGUGCUGCUCUGGCUGACAGGUUGAUCCAGGGUCAGGUCACGCGGGCUCAGGAAGCCGAGGAAAGCUUCCAAGUGAAGCGUGAGCUUGCCGCUGUCAAACAAGUGAACGUCGAAACGGCGUCGAAACUUUCUGUAGCCAAAGAUGAAUUAGAAAGGCUAAAAGAAAAACAUAAGCUGAGUGAAGCUAUUUAUGAUUCGCUGCAGAGUCGUGGCACGACGGGGCUCAGCCUGAAGCAAGCAGAGGAGGUGAUACAGGCGCUGCAGCAGGAGCUGCUGUCAGUGCGGCUAAGGGAGGCAGAGUCGACGGCCAGCGUGAAGGAGCUUAAGAGCAAAAUAGAUGACCUAGGCGAGAGUAAUAGGCAAAUGUCCAGAAUGGCGCCCAGCAACCAGGUGGCAUCACUGCAGGAGGAGCUUAUAUCAGUGAAGCUGCGUGAAGCUGAAGCGAAUCUAUCCAUGAAGGAGCUGCGUCAGAAAGUAGUUGACCUCGAACAAACUUGGCAGAAGCACAUGGUCGCUAUGAACAUGGGCACCAAGAACCAAAGCAACAACAAGAAUCAGAUUCAGCAGCUGUACAGCGAGUUGAUGACGGUGAAGCUGCGGGAAGCGGACACACUCAUGCAGCUAAAGGAGGUGCGCCAGCGCGUGAUGGAGCUAGACACACAGAGUCAGAUGAGUAGCAAUCAGCUGAAGAGAGCUGAUGAGGAGCAGGUUCUCUUGAGAGAGCAGUUAGACGAAGCUGUGUCCAGAGAGAGGAAGCUUCAUGAUGGCCUCAGAGGGCAGGAGCGCAAGUAUGCUGACUUGGAGACCAGGUGUAAGGAAGAACAGAUGAUGGCACGUCUGCGCGAGGCCGAGCUCUCUCAGCAGCUUGCAGAGAUGACGCAAAAGAUAGCUGCGCUGGAAAUUGGGAAGCAAGAACUUGUCACAAUGGGGGCUCUGCACAAGCAUGACAAAACUGACGAAAUCAAGGAACUACAAGCACAGAUUGCAGAUUUGCAGACAGAGGUUGUGCAACUGAGGAUAGACUCAAACUUUAAGACUUCACCAAGUUGCAUCUCUGCAUCGAUACCCGUGGUGGAUGAAGACGAUGAUGAUGGCAUCUUAGAAACCAUCACCAUGGAAAUGAAGAGCCCUGCCCUCGAGGAGUUGGCAAGAGACUCGUCUAUGGCGAACGGCCACGUUAAUGGGCAUGUGUCUCCGAGCAGUGGCCAGUGUGCGUAGGACAGCAUCCGACAUCAGCGCAGUUUCCGUGAACGUUUACGGCGCAGGCAUCGCUGGUUGAAGCGAAGUCCACAAGAGAGCAUAAUGCAACGAACCCGCCGAACAUCGUAACGUGUCCUUUCCUGUUUUGUUGGCAGAUUAGCGAGCUGAUGAGGAAAUCAGAAGCUGUAGUGUAGAACAUUAAUGUGUUGCGUGCGAGCACUAUCCUCUGCUUUACAAGCUAGGGCAUCAGUGGAGCUUUCGUUGUUGCUGUCGGGCUUUCACAUGUCGUUUCAGUGCAGCGUCAUGGGGAGUUUGAUGCGUUGUUAGUGUUAGCUGUUGUAAAGGGCGUGAGAUGUAUUCGGCCACCACUGCAGUGGGCUACUGUGAUAAAUAUUGUUGAAUGAGAAAGUGCUUUAUGAUUGUGUGAGUCUUGAGUGAGUGCAUGCAAUUCGUUAAACCUUGAUUUGCAACUAUUCUAACUGAGUAGCAUGACUAAGCGUUUUUUAGUUGCUUGAUUUGGUGUAGAAAUCAGUGUAGGAAUUGUGUAAUAAUAACUGCAUAAUAGUUAAAGUUUACAACGCUUUAUUUUGUCCUGCGUUAACUCUUACACGCAUUUAGCCAAUACUGUGGCUACUCUUUAUACUUAGAAAUGGUAAGUUGCAGUUUCGUGUCAGCAGGUUGUAAUGCAUUGACCCCAGAGUCUAUCUGCAUCAUUUACUCAUGUUGUUUUUCUGGGUGAAAUCUCAAUUUUACUGGUGUAUUAUGAUGUAAAUUUUAACUUGUAUAUAAAGCCAAUGGUGCUUAUUUAUUUUGAAAAGCGUUAUACCUGUGUUGACACAACGUGAUAAGAACGAAUGAUGUUUACCCAAUGAAAAGGAGUGAGGAUGAUGCAAGAAAUAGCAAGCUAAUAGUAAACUCUAAACUGUGAGGAAAGUUAACAAGAAGCCUGAUAUGGGGAAAAGGAAAAUAAAAACAGGAGUAAAAUAGAGGAUUUUUCUGAUUAGGAAAAAUUCAUUUACAAAUAGUUGGCUUCAUAAAGAUGAGAGUUUAGAAGUAAUGUUGCUAAGAGAGGUCAGAGCUAAGCUGUAAGACAGAGGAAGGUGGAGAAUUGUGUACAAGAAGGUGAUAGAUAUUAGCUAUAAGAGAGUGGAAUGAUUGAGAAAAUUCGUUAUGAAAAAGGAUAGGUUAGCAGUGAGAAAUAAAAUGAAAUGGCACAGAUAUAGAAAGCCAAAUAUGGGCAAUAAUGUCUGCAUUUGAUAGAUUCCUCGAAUAGUUCUGGUUGGUGACCGUUACGGGUUCAUUGAGCAAAAAUAUCUGUAGUAGUCUCAGAUAAGUCCUCCGACCUGCUCCUUAUAUACUACACUGUAUACCCUUCGCAUAUCCAUGCGACCUUUCUCGUCGUAUCUUUUGCUCUGGAAAAUCUCUGAGCAUGUUUAGAAAAUUCGAUUGUUGAGAGCGUCGGGAUUCUUUCUUGGUGUGUUCGAUGUAUGAGAACUUUAUUCUACUAAGAAAAUUCCUUCAGAAGAAUAUUCACCGCAUAGUCAUCUACAGUCAUAGAAUAGCCUCCGUUAUUCUAGCAGAGUCACUCUGACGAUGUGAAGAUUGCUUGAGUACGUUACAACGUAUCGUAUUCGAGUUUAUGUCAGAUAUUCAUGUCUUCCUUAUCAGACACUGGAGACCCGCCGCCUGUUGUGCAACUAAGGUUAUUGCCUUCAAGCAGACAUGCUGUAUCAAGGCACCUGUAGAUUGUAUACUGAAGCUUCUAUAUUUGUACAUGCUAAUCGAUGAGGAGAAAACUGCCGUAAGUCUACUGAUAUUGUGAUCUUAGCUGCAUCGUAUAAGAUCGUAUAUGCAUGUAGCUCGGAUGUUGGAUACUGUCGAAAUCAUGGUGAAAUCAAGGCAAUGUGUCUUACAUUAUAAAUACUGUAUAUAGCUCUCGGUGUGAGGAAUGUGGAAAUAAACAAUUUACGUUAUAAUAGA